AUGGCUAGGCACCAACCAAUGUCGAUGGAGGCGAUGCUCGACGAAGAGCGGAGGGAAGUGCUUGCGCUGCUCGAGGGGCCCCAAGCAUCACGACCAAGCAGAGCCCCAAGCAGCAUAGGAGGCCGGUCGCCAUCUCCCUUCACGCCGCGAUCCCCAGUGCGGUCCAUGUUAGACAUUGGUGACGACCCUCCUUCUCCUGGCCUCCUCUAUCCUCCUUCCCCUCCCUCUACCCGCUCCACGUCGAGUUAUUAUACUAAGACCUCCUCUCAUAUAGCGCCUGUUAGAAGCAUGCUCGAUGUCGACACCCCUCCUCCCGCGCCAGUACGAAGCAUGUUGGAUGUGGACUCCCCACCAAGCCAGAAGCAUGUCCUUAGCACACCCUCUUCGCCAAUCGAACACACCGGCUCUCGAAGCCUUCUUGCCCCAGCCCCGUCUGGGCACCCCCGGAGCAUGUCCGAUGCCGCCAUGAGACCCGCCGACUUUGGCCCCCGGGCCAACCCUCGACACGACCCAACACUCGACUACCAGUUUGGAGGAAUCAUCACAAACCAUGCAGGCGCCGCCAUGCCGAAAAGAGUGACGAUGGGCGGGAAGCGCUCCAGCGCCAUGGCAGAAGUUAUGAGAGGCAACGAUGUGUCGGGGCUUGUUCUCCCUGGCGAUCGUGGCCGUCACUCGAUUGCUGGACCGGCGUACAGCAGCCGAAAAGCCGGGAACAAAUCCAAGUCUCCCACCAACAGACUAGGGGUGCGCUCUCACUCGCCUGCCUUGCUCGGGCGAAAUCUCAGCCCGGCCGGGCGCGCCAUGCUUGGGGAUAACCAGACUGUCGACUACAACAAUGCGUACCGCCGCUUAUCAGAUGCCGCCUUGGCUAGGUCCGGGGGCUCGCUGGGUGAGCUCGGGAGAAGGAAGAAGUCGGAUGAUGGGUCUAGUAACGGCAGACUCGCCAAGGACUAUCUGGGACCUGAUGGGGAGUUUGUCGAGGAAAGCAGUGACGAUAGCGGAGGAAACUCUUCGGAGGAAGACGAGCGGGGUAGGAAGGCCGCUCGAAGCUUUGAUAAGAAGCCGCAGGGCAGCUCGGAAUCACCGGAGGCUAAGAGGCAGGUGCGGAGCUUGCUUGCGGCUGCGGAGGAGGAACGGAUCCAUGUUGCCUCUUCCCAGCCGGCUCACAAAUACAGGUCUUUGCUGGACGAACCUUCAAUUACUGUUACGAACCCAUCCGGCGAGAAGGAACGGGUCAAACACAGCAGCAAGAACGUCAUUCACCCAGCGACCAGCUUCGACACGCCGCCUAGCGGGACGCACACGCCAAUGUAUACCGACACGGAAGAGGACAUCUCGGACAUCAAGAGGGCGCAAAAGAUGUCCUUUGCCAUGACGCAGGUGAUGGAAACGCCCGAGUCCCACAGGACGAUCCAGAUUAUUACCAGAGGCGACUAUGCUAAGCUUGUCAAGGACGCCGAGGAGGAACACCGACCUGCGAGGAAGUAUUUGGUUGCUACGGAUAUGAGUGACGAGUCUACCCAUGCGCUUGAGUGGGCUAUUGGGACUGUGCUCCGGGAUGGCGACACGCUGCUUGCCAUUUACUGCGUGGACGAGGAUGCUGGGAUUGAGGCGAAUCCGAACUCGGUGGUGCCGGAUGAGUCCAAGGCGAUGAAGGAGCAAGCGGCUGCCAUCACGGCCGUGACGAACAAUACCAGGCAGCCUGCUACACCGGGGGGGACUGCACUGCCUCUUAGGAUCUCUUCGCUGGGUCACCAGGCGAGCGAGGCUAGUUUGAGCCCUGCGCCGUCGAGCAUGGAGAGGAGCAAAGCGGAGGAGGAGAGGUAUAGGGCGGUGAAGGAUAUCGGGGACAGAGCGAUGAAGCUGCUGAGGAAGACGCGGUUGCAGGUCAGGGUGAUUGUGGAGGUGCUGCACUGCAAGAACCCGAAGCAUUUGAUCACGGAGGUGAUUGAUUUGGUGAACCCGACGUUGGUGAUUUUGGGGAGCAGGGGGAGGAGUGCUCUCAAGGGGCAAGUUUUUUCCCUUUUUUUUUUUUUUUGUUCUCGCCUGAUGAAAAGAAGAAUGUUGCUAAUAUGGGAAAAACAGAGUGAUACUUGGCUCCUUUUCGAACUAUUUGGUAACUAA